AUGAGCACGGCGACGGCACACCAAUACGGCGACCUCGCAACCCAGCUCCUGACCGAGUCGCGCCGGUCCACGGCCACAGACACACUCCUCAAGUACAACGACGUCCUCGUGCGAUCCAUCAUCCGCGAACAGCGGCAGCUCGAGGCGUUCCUCCAGCAUGCCCUCGCCGCCUACCCCGACGCAGACGCGGACGCGGACGACGACGACCCGCUCGCGGACAACGACAACCCGGCGCUGCCGACGAUUCUCCUCUACCAGACGGCGAUCAACCGCAACAAGCGGUGCCUGCUCGCGUACCACGCCCACCGCCUCGACCGCCUCAAGGACCUCUUCUGGUCCGUCGGGGGCGCGCUGCCCCUCCUGCUCGCGAUGCCGUCCGCGACGCCCGGUGCGCCCGCCGCCCAGUCCGAGCCCGCGGCGCCCGACGUCCGCGCGCGGCUCUCCCCACACGAGGUGGACUUCCUCCGCUCGUACAGCGCGUCGCUCCUCGCGCUCCGCGCAUCCCUCGCAACGUCCGCCGGGGAGCCCCACGCACCCGGCGCGCUCGCAGAAGACGUGGACCUGUUCGCGCCGAUUGCGCGCCCGCCAAAGGACCUGCACGUCCUCGUGCGCGUCGUGCGCGACUGCGGCGUCGUGCACACCGAGCAGGGCGCGCUCGACUUCCGCCGCGGCCACCGCUUCCUCGUCCGCAGGGCCGACGUGGAGCACCUCAUCGUCCAAGGCUUUCUCGAGGAGACAUGGUGA